AAGGGGCUGAACUCGCGACAUGGACCAGUUUACCUGCCCCUGGUUGCUGGCGGCUGACACAAUGUGAAGGGCUAUAAGGGCCGCGGGGACAGUGUUGUUAGCAGUAGGAUUUCAACUACGUGCUGACGUGAACAGAGAGACGAAACAAAUCAGAUCGAUCUAGGUCCAGCCUAUUUUUGUCCAAGAAAUGAAAAGAAAAGACUGCAGGUAGGAAGAUGUCAGGUAACGUGACGACCAAUAUGACGUCAUUCUACCAGAACACCACGCUGUACGACACCUUCCUGAUGACGCACGGGCAUGUUUAUGAUUUUCAAAAGAUAGCGUGCAUUGACUGGGAUGACGUGGAAGUCGAACACUCUCUGGCGCCCCGUGCCUACACGUCAUGGAACGCCCUGAACAUUCUCCGCCUCACCCUGGCCAUGUGGAUCAUGGGCAGCCACGUGGCCAUCAUCGUUUUCGUGCUGGCCAUGCGAGGCCUGAGGUCACAGCCCAAGAAUCUGCUCAUCGUGAACGUGGCCUUGACCAAUCUCCUGAUGGGCGCUUUCGUUGUGCCGGUCAAGCUGCACUUUAUACUUAACCCGGAUGUCAUGGCGUGUGACCUUGCCAUUGGCUGGACUUUCGUCUCGGAUUACUUCCAGACAUCCGUGUCUCUGUUUGCUGUCUUCAGUCUCGUGCUGGAGCGCUUCAUCUACGUCUUCACGGAAAAGAAACAAAUCUACGUCAAGCCCUGGGCCUCAAGGCUCAUCACCGUGGUCCUGCUCGUAUCUCCCUGGCUGUUGGCCGCCAUCUUGCUGGCACCCACAUUUUACGGCGGGAUGCUGGCUAAGUCCCAUGAGGGAGACAACUGCUUGUUUAAAGUGAACGAGAACUACUUCGUGGCCGCCCAGCUGUUGUCUUUCAUCCCGGCGUCGCUGGCUGUUUUUGUGGCGGCGCCCUACACGGGUCUGCUGGACUGCCUGCGCCCCAACCGUUGUUUCUACACGCCGCUCACCCCUAAAGGCGAGUCAGUCACCGUGACGGCUUUCGUGAGCCUGUGCUCCAUCUUCGCCGAGGCGCCGUUCUGCAUAGUCCGCGUCCUACUGAUGACGAUGGAGUGUGACAACUCGGUCUGUGUGGGUCUGGUCCACGCCCUUACCAUGACGAUAUGGGUCCGCCUUUGCAAGACGGCCGUCAUGCCUUUCAUCUGGCUGGCUUACACUGACAUAAGAAACGCGAUGCUUUGUCAACUGUCUUUUGGGGACGACCCUAACGAUGAUGAAGAUGAGGAUGAGUUCGAGGAACCUGAACAGGUGGACGAUACUCAAAAGUUGCCGUUGAAGUCUAUACUGAGAAACACUGUUCCAAAAACGGAAGAAAAGACUUAGCUUGGAAAGAAAUUGAACGAUCCAUGAUUUGAGUGGGAAUAAUGAAAUUAACUCUAAGAUACAACGAUUUGUUUGCAGCGUUCGGUUAGAUGACACAGUAAUUCUAUGUUCUCUUAUAGGGCAAUAUCGAAGUUGGUGUGUAUUGAUUGUUAACUUAACCCUAGUCUAAUCCUUGCCUUGACUUUAACAGCGAUAUUUACAUUGCCCUGUUUGGGAAAAUAAUAGAACACAUCAUUUUUAGUGAGGAUUCAUUGAGGCAGAAAAAAAAACGUGCAAUUUAGAUAACGGAUUAAUAAUAUUUACUUGUACAAAAAUGUAAGCGUGUCUGCUUAAUUACUUUUUACACUAAUUAAUUAACAGUAUCUUUCAUGAAGAUGUUAACGUGUGCUUGACCUGUUUUUGUACUUUAUUUGUCACUUGUGUGCAUUUAGUCAGCAAAUGAUUUUUACUUUAAAACGUAGUCUAGAACUACUUUUUUAUAUUAGUUUUAAUUUGUUUACCUUUAAUUUUUAAAAGUGUAAAGACCGAUGAGCGUCACAGAGGGGUGUGGCUACACCGGGUGACACCCGACCUUAGUG